UAACAGCAACUGUUCUUUUCCCCAAGUAGUUGCACAACCACUUCAUUCACUCCGCGGUGUGUAGGAGGGUUUGUGAGGCAAAAAGUCAGGAAACAUGUCUGCUCUCAACAGAAGGAUCGUCAACACUACCUCGGCUCCGGCUGCCAUCGGUCCAUACAGCCAGGCGGUGGUCGUGGACCGAACGAUGUACAUCUCUGGUCAGCUGGGGAUGGACGUGGCCUCCGGUCAGCUGGUAGAAGGAGGAGUGCAGGCUCAGGCCAAACAGGCUCUCAUCAACAUGGGGGAGAUCCUUAAAGCUGCCGGCUGUGAUCACUCCAACGUGGUGAAGACGACUGUGCUGCUCGCUGAUAUAAAUGACUUCAACAGCGUCAACGAGGUGUACAAAACAUUUUUCAGCAGCAACUUCCCUGCCAGAGCUGCCUACCAGGUCGCUGCUCUCCCCAGAGGCGGACUGGUGGAAAUCGAGGCGAUUGCUGCCCUUGGCCCCCUCUCGGACUCCUGACUAGCCGGCCGCGUCACAAACAAGUUGUAGUCGAACCAUCAAGCGACCGUUUCUUUGUACAGUUGACACAUCGUUGCAUUUCCAGAUGACACAUGAAAGACCAACUAGGAUUUUAUUCCACACAGUCAGCUUUUUAGCGAAGGGUUGUCAGCGUUCUACCAUAUUAUGCUAAAACCCUGAAUAACAAGGCAGCACUUAUCUCCAGCAUUUGGCUUGUGGCUACCUGACACACUUAAUACCAAACAUAAUGAUGAAGUUGGAUUGAAUUGUAAAACCAGUCUAACAUUCCCUGCUCACAAUGGCCUAUGAUUCAGGAUCUAAACAAGGUCCUCUUGGUGCUCUUUCAGCUUUCGUGUCUCAUCUUUUUGUUUUGUUCCAGAUUGCCAUUUAAAACACAUUCUAAACGUGCAGCUCUCACUAAUAAAUGAUGGGUAAAAAUC